UGACUGUUGAUGAUGGCAAUACAUUGGCACUAGUUCGGUGGGCAAGAUGAAUGUGGGGCAGGAGGCACACCUGUCCAGGCAGAUGUCGGGGCAGCCCGUUCAGAUGAACUCACGCGGCGGCAGUGGGCAGCGGCUGCAGGUUGCUUCGGGCCACCAUGGCAUGGAUGCUAAAUUUGUACAAAUGCGCCGAACCUUGUAUGAGCGGAUAGUUGAGCGUCUUAGAGAGAAGAAGAAAAAUGCUGCACGCCGGAGCCUUGAGCAACUCGCGAGCCGGUUAGAGGGCACAUUGUACAUGUUGCAUUCGACUAAGGCUGACUACUAUGUAAUGUUGAACGAACCAAUGGACCAACUUUUGCAAGUUGCUAUUAAGGUCCUUUCCACCCAAGGUCAUCAGCGUCAACAAAUGUCUCAGCAGACACCAACUUCCUCCACCUAUGCCACAAUGGUUCCACCACCUGGUUCCAUGUCUAAUGGCUACCAGGAUCCAUCCACCAAUCUCCCACAAAAUUGUACCACUAUUAGCAUCUCAUCAGCGAUGUGUCCAGUGAGUAUGCCACAGCAGGUUACUCAUAUGAUUCCGACUCCAGGAUUUAGCAAUCAGAAGACUUUACCUGUCAACUUUGAGUACUCAAAUGAAGCUGGAUACCUCAAUGGGGAGUCGAAUGUCAUGCCACAAGUACAGCAGCAGCAACAGAAGCCAUUUUCUAUUGACCAAAGUAGCUAUCCAAUGCAGCACGUAGGUACCCAUGUUGGGUCUGGAGUACAUUCAAGAAUGCUGGAGAAUUCCUCCGCAUAUGGUUUGUCGGAUAAACAAAUCAAUGGUGGAAUGGGGUUACAUGGCUCGAGUAUGCAGCUAACAAACAGAGCUGCACCACCGGAAGGGUUCAUGAACUUACCUCCCUACAGCAGUUCGCCUGACAAACUAUUGCAGCAAGAACUCAAUAGUCCUCCUCCACAGAGGACAGCAAGAUCAGCUGGUAUGUCUGUUUAUGGAACUUUUUAUGGCACCGUUUCUUCCGUCUUAACACCUACAAGUCAUACAACCAAGAAACCCUUUCAACCGAAACCUCUCAUAAAAGCUGAAGUGUUGGAUCAAAAAGAAAAGGUGAACAUUAGGAAAUCACAUUUAUCUUAUGAACAACUACAGCAGCAACGUCAGUUUAAGCCUAAUCGUCCAUGUUCCCAGUUUGUGCAAAAUCAAGGAAUUUUGUCAAGGAUCAACUCCUUGAAGCAAUGCCAACUUGGUUCUGGUCGUGAUGAGCGACUAUCAGAUGAAAGAGUUUUACCAUAUAAUGAGCCAAUGUAUUCGAAAGCAACCGAGGAUAGUGACAAAAGGGACCAGACAUCUCAACAAUUUGUCUCUAAAAAUUCUCAACAGUUAUUGUCUCCACAUGUGGCAAAUACUAUAUUGACGAAUAAGCAAUUUAGGGAUGAUUUUUGUCAGAGAACAAUGUCACAAGAUGCAGCACAACAACCUAUUUCAUCUGAUGGGCUCAUUGCUGGUCGUGCAAUGACUUCAAUUGAUCCUAAACUGUCAAAGCUUCCAACAAGAGGAUCUGAACAGGCUACUAGAAAUAUUAAACACUACCUACAACCGCGGUGGUUGCUACUGUUGACUCAUGCAAAAUCAUGCCAAGGUCCUCUAGAUAGUUGUAAAUCACAAGAUUGUGUUCGUGCACAGGAGCUACUGAAGCAUGUUAAGAACUGCCAAAGAAAAGAUUGUUCAUAUAGGUACUGCAGCCAAUCAAAGAAGGUGAUUUGUCACUGCAGUAAUUAUGUUAAUAAGCAAUGUCCUGUAUGUAGCAAAGCAAAGGAAAGUUUGUGCCGCUAUUCUGAACAGACAAACAAGCUCAGUGAUGCUAAGCCUAUUUCAAUUACAAAAUCGAAUGGUGAUAGAAUGGACAUCGACCUGGUGGCAGUUGAAACUUUUGAUGAUCAACCAUCUGUAUCAAAGCGUUCAAGGUUUCCCAAUGUGUCUGAUAGUGCUCAUGACCCUGUUCCUCAAGCAUGCCCAGGUUUUGUGUUACAGAAAGCCCAUCCUAAGUAUCUUGGGCAGGAUAAAAGGAUAUUCCCAAAACAAGAGCUAAACAUGAAGUGUGAUAUACGGUCUCCACAAAAGCCUACGAUAAUCAGUUCUUGUACUACUGGAAAAAUUGGUGCCGCGCAAAGUUAUAUGAUUCCGGAUGUUCCAAAUGAGCUAGAUUCUCAUGUUGAGCAAGAAAACUGGUUGUCCAACAAAGAUACAAAUGAUAAUGUUCCUGAUAUUGAGAAGAAUGUAAAUGGAUCUACACAUGCCAUGCUGUCCAAGAGAGGGAAAACAAAGAGAAAAGGUAUUUCACUCAUGGAAUUGUUCACCCCAGAGGAAAUAUAUGAGCACAUCCUCAGUCUAAGCAAGUGGGUUGGCCAGAGUAAGGCUAAAGCUGAAAAGAAACAAGCAAUAGGACAUUCCGAAAGUGAGAACUUAUGCCAGCUUUGCAAAGUAGAAAGGCUUACUUUUGAACCUCCACCAAUAUAUUGUUCUCCUUGUGGUGCUCGGAUAAAACUGAAUGCACCAUAUUAUAUUGGUACUAUCAAUUACCGUCACUACUAUUUUUGUGUACCAUGUUACAAUGAGUCUCGCAGUGACUCAAUUUUGGUAGACAGUAUUCAACUUCUCAAGUCAAAACUUGAGAAAAGAAGAAAUGAUGAUGAACUUGAAGAAGCGUGGGUUGCAUGUGACAAAUGUAAACGUUGGCAGCACCAGAUUUGUGCUCUUUUUAAUGCCAAAAGGAAUGAAGAAGAAGAAGAAGCAGAAUAUACUUGCCAUAAUUGCUAUAUUCAAGAGAUAAAACAUGGUUUCCGCAUGCCUUUACCAAAGAGUACUGUUCUUGGGGCAGAAGAUCUGCCAAGGACUGUGCUUAGCGAUCAUAUAGAAGAACGCCUUUUUCAACGCCUCAAAGAGGAGAGACAGAAUCGGGCCAACAAAAAUGGGAAAAGUUUCAACGAGGUUCCUGGAGCAGAGGGACUUGUAGUUAGAGUUGUUUCAUCAGUGGACAAGAAAUUAGAAGUUAAACAACAUUUUUUGGAGAUUUUUCAAGAAGAGAAUUACCCAACAGAGUUUCCUUACAAGUCCAAGACCAUUCUUUUAUUUCAGAGAAUAGAAGGUGUAGAAGUGUGCCUAUUUGGCAUGUAUGUGCAAGAAUUUGGCGCAGAAUGUGCAUUCCCAAACCAACGUCGAGUUUAUUUGUCGUACCUUGAUUCUGUCAAAUAUUUUAGACCGGAGAUUGAAACAGUGUCUGGUGAAGCCUUACGGACAUUUGUCUAUCAUGAAAUUCUGAUAGGUUAUCUCCAGUAUUGUAAGCAGCGAGGAUUCACUAGUUGUUACAUAUGGGCGUGCCCACCAUUGAAGGGUGAAGAUUACAUUAUGUAUUGCCAUCCGGAGAUUCAGAAGACACCAAAGUCCGACAAACUGCGAGAAUGGUACUUAUCAAUGCUUCGAAAAGCUACUAAGGAGGAUAUAGUUGUUGAGCUGACAAAUCUCUAUGAGCACUUUUUUACCCCUAAGAGAGAAUGCAAAGCUAAAGUGACCGCAGUUCGCUUGCCAUAUUUUGAUGGAGAUUAUUGGCCUGGAGCUGCAGAAGAUAUUAUCAACCAAAUUUUCCUGCCGGAAGACAACAGGAUCCUGCAGAAGAAGGGGAAGAUAAAGAACUCUAUCAAAAAAAGAACUUUGAAAGCUGCUGGUCUUACUGAUUUAUGUGGGAAUGCUUCGAAGGAUGCUAUGCUGAUGCAAAAACUUGGAGAAAUCAUUUGCCCAAUGAAAGAAGAUUUCAUCAUGGUCCAUUUGCAGUAUUCUUGCAGUCACUGCUGUAUCUUUAUGGUGUCUGGAAGACGUUGGAUCUGCAAUCAAUGCAAAAGUUUUUAUAUUUGUGACAAGUGUUACAAUGUAGAACAGCAGCGUGAAGAGAUGGAGAAGCACCCAAGUAAUAGUACUGACUCGCAUACGCUACAUCCAGUUGAAAUUGUUGGGGUGCCUAAAGAUACCAAGGACAGAGAUGAUACCUUAGAAAGUGAAUCUUUCGACACCAGGCAGGCAUUCCUGAGUCUCUGUCAAGGAAAUCAUUAUCAAUAUGAUACCCUUCGCCGUGCAAAGCAUUCCUCAAUGAUGGUGCUAUACCAUCUUCAUAAUCCAACUCAACCAGCUUUUGUUACCACAUGUAAUGUCUGCGAGAAUGAUAUUGAAACUGGUCAAGGGUGGCGGUGCAAAGAAUGUGAUUAUGAUGAGUGUGCUUCUUGUUACAAAAACAAUGGGGGUGUCAAUCAUGUCCACAAGUUAACAAAGCAUCCAGCAGGAGCAUACAGGGAUGCUCAAAAUACUCGGCAGAAGCGUGUUCAGAAGGCACGGAAAAUGCUUGAAAGUUUGGCGCAUGCAGUAGCAUGCCGUGCUCCUGGUUGCCAGUAUCCUAACUGCCGAAAACUCAAGGCACUCUUCCAUCAUGGGAAAAAGUGCCAAAAACGUGCAUCGGGAGGUUGUCCUCUGUGUAAGAAAAUGUGGGGUAUUAUUCAGUUCCAUGCACGAGCUUGCAAAGAAUCACAAUGCAAUGUGCCAAGAUGCAGUGAUCUGAAGGAGCAUAUGAGAAGGCUGCAAUCGCAGUCUGAGUCCAGGAGGCGGUCUGCGGUAAAUGAGAUGAUGAGGCAACGAGCUGCAGAAGUUGGUGUGAGUAAGUGAAGCCAAUUGUACCUGUAUAUCUCCCUGAAAGAAGAUAAUUAAUAAGGCUGAUCAAGAGGAUCUGCACAAAAACAGCAUCAGCGUAAUAUGCAUUGUACUGGAGAUGAAUUUCUUGGCCAUUUCUAGGCAUGAUCAGCUUGUUCCUUUCAUAGUUCACAUGCCUGUAAAGUGGAACUGCAGAAGGUGGUUGAUCCCUGACUGACUAUAGGAAAGAAGGCCAGCCCUUUCACUCGUUGAUUUCAGUCCUCACAUUUUGUAAUCUGUGUAGGACUUAUCUUCAUUUAAAUUGAAAUUUACAAAGAACAAUAAAUGAUACAGUUCAUCUUUGUAUUCUACUCUGCCGUCACACACUUGAUUUUGUGUGUGCAUGGUUCUUAUUCAUCCGAGGAGUAGUAAAA